AUGUCACAUUCCUUCUCCCACGUGAGCUCUACCAUCAGCGCCACACACAGCAAAGCCACCCUCCUCAGCCCUCAAGACACAUACUGCAGGGGGGAUCAGCUAGACGUCCUGCUGGAGGUGAGGGACCACUUGGGACGCAGGAAGGAAUAUGGCGGGGAUUUCCUGAGGGCCAGGAUGUCCUCCCCAGCCCUGAAGGCAGGCGCUUCGGGAAAGGUGACAGACUUCAACAAUGGCACCUACCUUGUCAGCUUCACCCUGUUCUGGGAGGGCCGGGUGUCUCUGUCUCUCCUGCUCAUCCUCCCCAGUGAAGGGGUGUAGGCUCUCUGGAGGGCAAGGAACCAAGGCUAUGACAGGGUGAUCUUCACGGGCCAGUCUGCCAGUGGCACCUCCCAUGUCAAUACUGAUUGCGCCCUGGUUUUAAAUUCAAGUGCUGAACUGUGUGAGAACCUGGAUACUCGUGUCCAAGAAUUCUACUUUCUACCUCAACACACACUCUGUGAGGCCCUGACUGACAUGACCACCAGGAAUGGAGAAAUUUCUUAUCUUACUGUCAAGAAAGAAGCUUUUUUUCACAGCUAAGUAUAAUUUUAGAUACCCUGAGAGGUGCCCACAGGCAGAGCUACAUUGCCUACCUCAAUUAAUAUUGAGCAUGGGGCUUCCCUGGUGGCGCAGCGGUUGAGAGUCCGCC